UGGAUUCAACUACCGAAACCGUUUGACCCUCAAUGGCACAAUAACGUUCUUCGCGAUAUCUAUGUGCUAAAAGCAUGAGGAAGGAUGUCGGACGUGGCGAAAGAGAAGGCGGCACGUCUUUUGAAGAAAAGAACCAGCGUGUCUUCACUGGGCAGCCACGAAAUCAGAGCCAUUGGCAAGACCAAGGACUCCAUUAGCACAGUGUCCUACAUCGAUGAGCCAGGUCACCAUGACGACAACGCCAGGCCCACUGUACAGAUGGAGAACACCUACCAGCUUGGUCCAGUGAAACGCUUCCCAGUGCUCACUGUCAACAAUAUUCUGAAGGAUGUGCUGACAAGUUAUCUACAGGAAGAGAAGUACGAGGCUGAACUCUGUAGGCAGAUGACAAAGACAAUAUCAGAGGUUAUAAAAGCUAGAGUGAAAGACCUGAUGAUUCCACGCUACAAGAUCAUCGUGCAGAUCAACAUCGGGCAGCUGAGCAACCAGAACAUGCGCGUUGGCAGCCGCUGCCUAUGGGACCCAGCAAACGACACCUUCGCCUCGUACGCCUUCAAGAACCGCUCCCUGUUCGCUGUCGGCAGUGUUUACGCUGUGUACUUUGAGUGACGGGUCACCUCUUGUGAAGGCCUUCUCAUUGCCCAUCGUCAUGUUUUCAGGCUGAAACGUGUCAAUGUGUUGCAUUCAUACCAUUUAUACAGGUGACUUCAGUAACACCCCAUUGUCAUGUCUGACUGGACCGGAAGUCAAUUAAGUUUGAUGGCAUAUCAGUCAUGAUAACAUAUAAGUCACUAUGAUGCCUCAUAUGACAUUAAAUAGAGGCAGUGAUCACCUAAAACCAGCAAAUACAUUUAGAUCAUCAGUAUAUGACCAUAUAAAGACUUGAAUGUGGACCAAUUCUGUAGCCAUUGCUAAUCUGUCCUGUUGUCAAUGCAUAUGUUUGAUUUGUUUCUUGUCUGCCUGUUUGAUCAGUUGCUUGUCUGAGUAUGUCCACACACAUUAAUGUACUGGUGCAUUUUUGGCUUUGAAUAGUACAAUUAUUCCCAUAAUUAUUGUUGGUGCUAAUAUUUUCAUAGCUUCAUUAAGUAUACAUCUGGCUUCAUGAAGAAUACAUCUGGCCUCAGCCAUCAUACUGUAUUUGAAGAAACUAAAAAACAGCCUUUCUUUUCAGCAUAUGAAACAACAUUUAUUAUACCAUAGUAGCAAAAUACAAUCCAUGUAAAGCAUGUGCACUGUCUUUAUACUUUUCUAAAUGCUGACAAAUAUUGACUACUGAAAAAGUAAUGCCUUUUAAAUUUCAUGGUUGAACAGUGAAGGAAGGAUGCAUACUGUAUAUUAAUAUACGGUACAGAAACUUCCAGCCUUUUCUCAUUCAAUUAGAUGCUUCUGAAAACAGAAUGGCCAUUAUGACGGGAAUGCCAUAAGUUUAUUUUCGCACAGAGAGACAGAGGUCUAAGUAAAAUGCACAGUACAGUACCUUAGACUGAAUUGAUGGUGACAUUCAAUCUAACUGCUAAGCCACUUUAUACUUCAUUUUGAAGUAUGGAUAAAAACAUUUUUUAGGAAUUUACAUUUGGGAAUUAAAUUUUUACUGUAUUGCAUGGUCAAUAAUGGUGAUCAAUAAAGUUCAUGGAAUUUAUUAAGCAUCCAAAAUAAUACCAUAUUUGCUUACAAAAUUUUUUUUGGAAGAAUAUAGCAUAACAUUUAGACUGAAUGUCCUCUUGCACAUUUUAUUCUUGGAUAUUCUUUUCUUGGCAAACUUAAUAGUUGUAUUCUUGUACAGUGCAAAUAAAAUAAGCAAUCUCUUUCACAACAUAA